ACGAAGCACCCCAUAUGGGUGGCUGUCCCACGAACCAAACAGCCCCAAUAAAGGGUGUGGGGUCAACACGAUCGAAACUACGUAGAAUAAUUAGGCAACUGACAUAUUGUGUCAGUAAAGAUAAAACUUUAACGAACUUGAAAGGUGGCGGUGGUGGUUUAAUUGACGACGGCUGUGACACCCGCGGCUCGGAAGUACCCAAAAAAAACAGAAGUCGAUUGCCCAUUGAGGAGCUAGCAGAAAAGCGUCCCGCAUUAUUGGAAGCGCCGCUAGCGUAUCUGCAAGUGUACCUCAGUGAUGACCGCGAAAGGAACUGUCAACGGAGUCCCAUGCUGUACUUUGCACUCAACCAAUGCUCGCUUACGUACCGGUAUAUCUGCACGAAACUGCAAAAGCUAACACUUAAGGCGCCAAUGCUGCGAGACAGCAUGGCUAACCUUAUCAUGCUGCUGCAAACGAUGGGUCGUGCAUAUCCUGAGACUUCAGAACAGAUUGCAGGUCAACUGCAUAAGUUUAUAGCCAUCCUGGAGGAUCUCGAUCGGCAACUAGCUGAACUCUCCAACCUUCAGCCUAUUAACUGGCAGUCGAUUAUAGCUAUUAUCAACUCCAUGGUACAAGAACACAUUGUGAACAUAGACACCAGGUCGUUUACAGAGUUCAUUCCGUCAAUGGAUGACUUUACGGAGUCGAAGCUGUUAGGUAAAGGAGCAUUCGGUGCCGUUUACAAAGCCGUGCUUAAGAGUGAGCUUGACGUAGCAGUCAAGCUCGUACCACAGACGAAGUUUCAUACCGGCCCGACAGAUGGGACGCCGUUUAUGGACAAGAUGAUCGCCUCGAUGAUUCCGAAUCAUCCGUGUAUUUGUCGGAUAUAUUGCGCGUUCGUUGCGUCGUAUAUUGUCCCGGGAACUAGUAGCAACGAGCAAAUAAUGAAAUCGGAAACGUGUAGUAAGGUGGAAAACCCAAUGAGCGUUUCGGUUACUGUGAUGGAAGCUAUUGAUGGAGCAAACCUGACCGAGUUGCUGAAGAAAAAUGCCACACUGAGUUUUAACCUAACGCAAAUUAUCAUGCAGCAGUGUAUGAUGGCCAUUGAACACCUACAUUUUAGUGGUUUCGUCCACAGAGAUAUUAAACCAGCCAAUAUGAUGAUCACGUUUAAUGGACGUUUGAAGCUUAUCGACUUUGACAUCAGCCGCGUAUGUAUCGGGCAUUUCACUAACUCAUUCCAUGUGUCGUAUUUCUGUCGAACCGCCAUAGAGUUCCCCGGUGGGGAAAAAGCUGGUACAAAAGCAUAUAUGGCGCCGGAGGUUCAUCAGGGCAAGGCCUUUGGUCGAGCGUCAGAUUGGUGGUCAGUUGGUAUCGUGCAUUUUCGAUUGGCGUUUGGGCGACUGCCGUUUCGAAAUCAACAACUAGUGGAUCAGAUUAUUAAUAAAAGGAUUGAAUGGGACAAAUUCGGACGACCAGGGGAUACGAAGCAGGCUGUCUUAAAGAAUUAUUUAACGAAACUUCUGGUGAAGGAACCACGAAACCGAUUAGGCUCCCAGGACUAUGCCCACAUUUUCGAUCACGCAUUGUUCACAGAUGUUAAUUGGCAGAAACUACCAGAGCAAGAAAUGCGGUGCGAAGAGCUGGAUGCAACGUUUGCUGAACGUACGUCGACCAUCAACGGAAAAGAACUUCUUUCAAUGUGUCCAGCUGGAACAACUUCUAAGGAAGAUCUGCUUAGAUUAAAGAAUUUAGCCGAUAACUGUAAAGAACAUGUACCUUUGUUCACUUUUGCGUCAAAGUAUAUCAAACAGCUGAUUACUGGCGAUCCGGAUGUGGGAGAUGCUGAUGAUUGUCCCCGAUGGCGGCAUAUCACCGACCUAAAAAAAUCUGGUGACGACACGUCUGGCGGAACAACAAUGGCUGACAACAGACAAAAACGAGACCCAGUUCAGGUCAUCAUCCAGGAGAUUUACGGAUCUAACAGGAUGUGCAUGCGUCAACGGCGACCUAUUACACUUCGGCGACUCUUAAGCGAAGAUGGCAUGUUCCGUUUCCUCGUGGGCGAGAUAGCUGCGGAAACGAAAAUCGUCAGCGACGCAAAACUAUAUUACGGCGAUCUUGUGCUAGAAAUUGAUAAGACGUCACUAACGAAUUUACCAGAGCAUCGAGUUUCGCAACUGCUCGCAAAGAAAGGGGCACCCUUGGUGCUGUCUGUAGCACAAGGCAACCCGUUCCGUGAUGCUGGGGAGGCUACGUUCAAUAUGUCGCAACUACUAUUUCGAUACAAGCCACUGAAACUUACGAUUCGAGGUACGUUGAAGUCAAGUAGGUGCCAAUGUUUUAAAACGGCACAAAUUCAACACGGCUUCACGCUCUCUUUGAAAAAAGUUUACUCGACAGGUUCGGUAGAGCUCGUAUGGUUCGUAGACAGCCACGAGGUGUCCCUUCAACGGACUGGAACACCAGCUGAGAACCAUCAGGCAAAUAAGAAAGAAAACGCUAAAGACGACAAGGACACGCCGAAUAUUUACACAGGCGAUAUCGUAUUGGCUAUCAACAAUGUGAAGUUAGAGCAGCUUGUCACCGAACCAGACAAAAAUGUCCUCGGCCUAGUAGGCAAUAUGUUGAUGGAUAUCGAAAUCCUGCCCUGUUCGCCUAUCAGGGUCAGCAAUCUGCCUAGGAGCCCCGGAAACGUCUAAGGCCAUCUCGCCGUAAUAGGGACUGACGUUAGAUCUGCUCCGUUACUCCGCGUUUCUGUUAACUGAGCUAAGGUAACUUUUCUCGAGUUUAUGGGGUUUCAAGCAUUACAGUUGUACGUUAGUUGUUCAACUAGGUCGUUGUAAAUUACUUGUGGACCAAGCCAUUUCGUAACCGCUAUACAACUAUCUGUCUCAAUUGUAUCAGUAAUAUACAAGGAUCUGCAGGCUCAAUAGUCUAUCCAUGUCUCUGCUGUUGAAACGCGUAUAUAUGAGACGCCUGUAUAGUACUAACGUCGAGAAUUUUCCGGAACGACAACAGUGGAAUCUGGACAUAAAGGACCGCCCUUUAGCAAAAAAUCCUAUUUUUUGAUUCGUUUACUCAAGG